CACCGGGAAGCUGACAGAGGCGGUUGUUCCCUGCUGCACCUCCCGCCCAACUCUCGCUACACACUCGCUCACAACUCACACUCGUGCAUCACUCUCAAACUUGAUUAAAUAUAUAAACACGCCCUGAAUAUCUUCACAUAAAAAAGCCUUGAUUUACACGUCUUUUGGUAUUAUUUGAAAGAUAAGUAAACCUUGUAUGAGAGAGGAGACCAUAUUAGCAGGACCCUAGUCUCCUGACAGUGAAGUUCGCGCACCCAGGUGGAGGAGCAGGCACGGUGUAUAAGUGACCGCUGGGGACCACUGGGCGUGUUCUCCUUCAGCGACUAACACAGGCAAUAAUGGCCAAUAGCAACAAACUGAUGGAGGCGAUGCAGUCCAAGCUGAGGCUGAGGAACGUCAUCAUCAGAGAGUUCCUAGCAGAGUUCCUGGGCACUUUCAUCCUGAUCGUGUUCGGGAACGCGUCUGUGGCUCAGUAUGUGCUGACCAACAAGGAAGGUGGAGACUUCUUCUCUAUCAACUGGGGGUGGGGCUUGGCGGUGACCCUGGCGGUACUGGUGAGCGGCGGGGUCAGCGGAGGUCACGUCAACCCGGCCGUGACCCUGGCCAUGGCAGUGUGGGGCAAGCACCCCUGGUGUAAGGUGCCCGUCUACAUGGUGGCCCAGUAUCUGGGGGCCUUCCUCGCCUCCUCCCUCGUCUACGCCGUCUACCUCAACGCUCUGGACGCCUACGAGCCGGAGCGGACCAUGGCCACGGCGGGCAUCUGGGCCACCUACCCGGGGGUCAUCACCAACAUCAACGGCACCGUUGUCACUGACUACCUCUCCAACGGUAAUGGCUUCGGCGAUCAGGUGAUGGGGACGAUGCUGCUGCUGAUAUGCGUGUGUGCCAUCACCGACCCCCGCAACAUGGAGGUGCCCAAGUAUAUGGUGCCGCUGCUCGUCGGCUUCACCGUCCUCAACAUCGGCAUCUGCUUCGGCUUCAACUGUGGCUACGCCAUCAACCCCGCCCGAGACCUGGCGCCCAGACUCUUCACCCUCCUCGCUGGCUGGGGGGAUGACCCCUUCACGGCGGCCACCAGCGAGGGUCUGGCCUGGUGGUGGGUUCCUGUGGUCGCGCCUCACAUCGGAGCCAUCCUGGGCGUCAUGAUCUACCUCUUCUUCAUCGAACUUCAUCACCCAGAAGCCCAAGAGUUCGUCCUGCCGCAGAUCCAGUCGCAGGACUCUGUGGCGAGUUCCAGAGUGUGGGUUAGUGACCCCCAGAGCCUGGCCUGGGUGCCCACCAAGCCAGAGCUGUGAGCUGCGUCUCCUCACCACCACCCACACAGCCUCAAGGCCACGGGCAAGUAACGAGGUGACCAGCCUUCACAACUACUAGUGGACUGCUGCUCUCCACCACCAACCCUUCUCCACCACAACACACAACGCACGAGUCCUCCACCACACCACCACACCACCACACACACCAACCCUCAUCAACCAUCGGGAGCUCUGACAACCGGAAUAUCGCUUCUCGACUCUCUGGAAUGGUGUGAUUCGUCUUCAAAAGAACUUGUGGCAGCCAACAGGAAGUACAAGCAACAGGAGUGACACAGAGGCAGCCAACAGAGGAAGUACAAGCAACAGGAGUGACACAGAGGCAGCCAACAGAGGAACUACAAGCAACAGGAGUGACAGAGACACUCAUGUAAUGUUAAAGACAGCUCAUGCAUCAUUUGAAAGACUGAAUAGCCGCUAUACAUGGCCUUCGUUAUGCAUGACCUACACUAUACAUAGCAUACAUCUUAGAUAUACAGUUCCUGUAUUAAUGUUUUCAGUAUUCUAAAAGAACUGUCCUCUUCUGAAACGAAUUUUCAGGCUAGUUACAUAUAAAUAUAUGUUAUAUGUACGUACAUAUGUUUUAGAUUAUUGUAACAGGUAGAUUAACUUUAAUUAAGACAGCAAAUAUAUAUAUAUUAAAUGUUUGCAGCUUCUUAUUUAGGUUAAUAAGGUCUUAGAAAGACAAAAUUAUAUAUGAAUUAGGUAACCAAAUCUUACACAUUCCAGGGAGUUAAUUAUUCUUUCCGAUGACAACUAACUUGAGGAAAAGACAGAUUCAACACACAGGUCAGAACAGUGUUGCUCCAACAGUGUUGCUCCAACAGUGUUGCUCCAACAGUGUUGCUCCAACAGUGUUGCAACAGUGCUAGGACCCCCAAAAGCUCCAGCCAAAACAAUUCUUACAGACAAUGAGACAUUGAGAUAAAAUUGUAUUUAUUAAUAACCCUUUAUUUAAAAUUUCCUCUAACAUAGACUGUAAUUCUAUAGAUUUUCGUCUCCUGUGAUUAUAUAUAUAUAUAUAUAUAUAUAUAUAUAUAUAUAUAUAUAUAUAUAUAUAUAUAUAUAUAUAUAUAUAUAUAUAUACUGUUAUCAUAUAAGUAUUUUCUACAACUUUUCUAGAUAUAAUCUCAUACCUGCCUUGUCGUGUACACCUGACUGUUAACCCGUACAUGUUCUGCACUAGUAUUAUAUUAUGUAUAGUAUGCACAGGUUAUGCAUUAUAGUUUAUGAACAAAAGUAUACAUUAUAUUUUGCUAUCAUACAUGGCAUACAUUAUGCAUAUCUACGUUUAAGCAAUUCCUCUCGCUGUAAUCAGUUGGAGGUUUAAAUAUUAUUUUAUCCGUAGUGAAGCUUUAACUGUAACUUUACAACUUUAAUUUACUUUAUUAUACGUGACCUCUGACCUCGUGUGAUGUCCGUUUAUCUCUCACAUACUACCCAAUCUGACCUUCCUGACCUUCCCUGCAUCAUCAUAUCCCAGCGCCUAUCAUGUCCCUAUAUCCCAGCUCCUAUCAUGUUCCUAUAUCCCAGCUCCUAUCCUAUUCUGUCCUCAUAUCCCAGCUCCUAUCCUGUCCCCAUAUCCCAGCGCCUGUGCUAUAUAGUCACACUGUCUUAGUGCUUACCACUGGUAAUGAUUAUUGUUCAAAAGAUAAUGGCCAGAGCAGUAAGAGAGGUAUCUUGAGGGGUGAUACAACACAACUAUUGUUAACACAACCCAACAUCUAUAAAUGAUACAAUAUGUCGCUACUCUUGAUGAAAUGUACAAAAUAUGGACUGUUGAAGCCACCCUAAAAAAAUAGUUUUAUGCUAUUGGAACUGUAUAUAUAUAUAUUAUAUAUACCGUCUUCAAAAUUAUUAAGACACAUAUGGGACCAUUUUUGGGUUAAACAGUCCAUAAAUUGACGUUCAUUCCAUGGUAAGUGUAAGUAUAAUCACUUUUGGACGAGAGAAUGCUGUAUGGGAAGCAUAACUGGAGAAGCAUCCCAGCUUCGGGAACACCUCCAAGUCUCCCUAGACCAAGCUCGAUUCAUCCAUCCACAUUGUGGAUGAUGUGUCAUCAUCCACAAAGUUACUAUCUGCUCUUUUACAGUGUCUUGCAAUACCAGUUCUGUUCAUGUUCUGUUCCACCCUUGUCAUUUUUUUAUUAUACCUGACUGUCGAUGUUCACAGCUUUCUAACUGGGUCAUUUUCCUGGGGCCGGGAGUCAUCACUCAUUUACGCAAUCACUCGCAAGCCUCUUCCAGCUAAUCUUGCCACCAUUGACCAAAGACCACAGUGUCUAUGUGUGACACCAGAAUAAUGUUCUAUAUAUACACUUGCUACAAUACAGCAAGUGUACUAUAUACACUUGCUACAAUACAGCAAGUGUACUAUAUACACUUACUACAAUAUUCAUCAACUUUUACAGACUGCAGCUGAAUAAUGCAUCUCAGAUUUAUUGAAUUAAAUGAACAUAUAUGUAAAAAUAAAUUAAUGUAUUUUUUUACGUGUUGUGUAAAUCAGUGUUGUGACCGAUGUCUUAUGAUUACCGUGCAGAUCUUUCUACAGACAUUUACUGUUUCCCGAGCAUGUAAGUGUGUAAGUGUGAGAGACUUUGAGUGGGUGAGUGUAUGAAUAAGUGUGUGCAUGCUGUGGAUCUCACCCCUUAAUGUUCACUCUACCGAGAACAAAAGUUAUAUAUGUAUAUGCAUAUUUCAAAAUAUACUUUGUAAAUCAA